CGAGUCGAUGCCUUUUCCACUGUGGGCCAGCAUCCAGUCCUUAGCCAUAUCUGCUUCCUUGGACUACUAGAACUCCUCUCCCCAUUACUGCUAGGUCUUUCAAGCACAUUCCAUUCACAGACGUUCGUUUUUCUCUCGUUUUUCUUUCGCUCGUUUACUCCGCAAUGCAUGCACUAUUGACUCCUCUCUUGACUAUUGCUGCGCUGGUCGUUGCACAGUCUGUCGAGCUUUCGGGGAGCGUAGGACCACUGACGACCAUCGCAGACAAAAAGGCGGUCGCGACGUGUGACAUUACAGACUAUGGUGCUGUAGCAGAUGGCAAGACAGAUAUCUCGGACGCGUUGAACCAGGCAUUUGAAGCUUGCAAAGCGGGAGGUGUUGUGGUGGUCCCUUCUGGAGACUUUGCUUUGAGCACUUGGGUAAAGCUCAAUGGCGGAAGUGCAUGGGCAUUUCAACUCGAUGGCACAAUCUACAGGACUGGCACAGAAGAUGGCAACAUGAUAUUCAUCGAGCAUACCGACGACUUUGAGAUGUUCUCGUCGAAUGGCGCGGGCGCCGUCCAGGGGUACGGCUAUGAAUUCCACAAAGACGGCAAAGAUGGAGCGCGCAUCCUGCGUUUUUACGACAUCACCAACUUUAGCAUCCACGAUAUCAUUCUGGUCGAUGCUCCAGCCUUCCACUUUGUAAUGGAUACGUGCGAUCGUGGAGAAGUGUACAACAUGCUCAUUCGUGGAGGGGACAAAGGUGGUCUGGACGGCAUCGACGUGUGGAGCACCAAUAUAUGGCUUCACGACAUCAUGGUCACCAACAAGGAUGAGUGCGUGACCGUGAAAUCACCAUCGAAGAAUAUACUGGUCGAAUCUAUUUACUGUAAUUGGAGCGGCGGUUGUGCGAUGGGCUCCCUUGGCUCCGGCGUGGACGUGAGCGACAUUACGUACCGCAAUAUUUACACGUACAAGUCCAACCAGCAAUUCAUGAUCAAAAGCAAUGGCGGAGAUGGCACUGCAUCCAACAUCGUCCUAGAGAAUUUCAUCGGUAGAUCCAACGCCUAUUCCUUGAACAUCGAUCAAUACUGGAAAAGCAUGGACCCCAUCUCCGGAGACGGUGUUCAACUCUCCAACAUUUCAAUCUCCAACUGGACAGGUACAGCAGCAGACGGCACCGAGCGUGGCCCCAUCAAACUCAUGUGCGCUGACGGCGCUCCAUGCACCGGCAUCGACAUUACAGAUUUCGCCAUGUGGACCGAGUCCGGCGACAGUCAAACCUAUUCGUGCAGAAGUGCUUACACCUCUAACGAUCCUGCACCUUUCUGUCUCAAAGCUGGAGCAGCAGGCGAUGCGCCUCCCUACUCGGCGACAACUCUCACGGCUACCUCGGCUCCAACGGGCUACCAAGCACCUACGAUGCCUGACGAUCUUGCCGACUCGUUUGGCACGACGGCUAUGAUUCCAAUUCCGGCUUGGCCUGCUAACUUUUUUCCGGGGAUUCCGCCAAUGAGGGCUCUUGCGGCUAGUCCCUAGAUCAUCAGCACGUCGAGCAAGCCGCGUCGCAACUCCCUCGCUUCCACCAAUGGUGGUGUGAUUUCUAUAUGAAAUUCAUCUCUUCGAUAUCAAGACACCCCCCUCCAACACCAGAAUACUUUUCGUCAGCCUCUAUCUGGCCUCAAAGAAAAAGGAUCUGCAAUUAUCCAAAAUUCGUACUCCCCCCC